UUAUCUAGUAGAGUAGAGUAGAGAAAGAGAGAGAGAGAGAGAGAGAGAGAGAGAUAUUUAGGCCAAUAGCAUCACAGGGCAAACACUGGCCAGGGACAGGAGAGAAAGAACUGUAGAAAGACAGAGAAGGAGAUAGAGUGGACACCAUACAGACACAUACACUCCACACAUCACAGCACAUACACAUUGAGACAAACGCUAGGAAUCCAGAAACUACGCCCACAAGCUAGGUUUACAAAGACAAGGAUGGCCACCACGAUUUCUGCCAGUAUCUAGUGAAGCCCACCUGAACACAACUCUACGGUCCAGAGUUGACACUUUGUCCACCUGCUCAGCGUGUCCAGCUAAACCCACUGCCCUGGACCUGCUGCGGGGGACACAGACUGGGAGAAGGAGGAGAGAGGGGAACAAGAGGACCAGUGCCAGGUCAGGAAAGAGACUCGAGCGGCGCCUCCGAGGAGCCAUGAGGACGGCCAGGCGGGCCAGCACCGUGGAGGUGCCCUCCUUCCUCCGCCAGCUAGCCAAGGAGACAGAGAAGAUGGUCACCUUCUUCUUUAAGGGAGGACAGAGGGAUGGCCAGGAGGGGAACGAAGAGGACUUCAGUGAUGAGGAAUACGGGCCGAGCGUCUACCUGGACCGGCCCAUCCUGGAUAAACACACGGCCGAGGGGAGGUCUCAGUGGGGGGUCAACUAUGCAACGGCCAGCAUGCAGGGCUGGAGGGCACAGAUGGAGGACGCCCACACCUGCAUGCCGGAGAUGGGAGGGGAGCUGGCGGAGUGGGGCUACUACGCAGUGUUUGAUGGACACGCUGGCAACACGGUGGCACAGUACUGCUCCCAUAACCUGCUGCAACACAUCCUCGCUACAGGGCGCGUAAAGGCACAGGAGGACCCUGACGACGUGAAGGAGGGGAUCGUCGAGGGCUUCCUGGCCAUUGACAGCCACAUGCACACGCUGACGCGCCAGGAAUGCUGGGAGCGCAGCGGCUCCACGGCGGCUGCCGUCAUGCUCUCGCCGCAGUACGUCUACUUCGUCAACUGUGGCGACUCGCGGACGCUCCUCUGCCGUGACGGCCAGGUCAUCUUCUACACGGAGGACCACAAGCCCUUCAACCCAAGGGAGAAGGAGCGGAUACAGAACGCGGGCGGCUCGGUGACCCAGCAUAGGGUGAACGGCUCCCUGGCCGUGUCCAGGUCCCUGGGAGACUUUGACUUUAAGGAGGUGGACUGGAGGUCCCAGACUGAGCAGCUGGUCUCCCCAGAGCCAGAGGUGUACGAGCUGGAGAGGUCCCCGCAAGACGAGUUCCUCAUAGUGGCUUGUGACGGAGUGUGGGACGCCAUCGGCAACGAGGAGCUGUGUGCGUUCGUCCACAGUCGCCUGCAGGUGUGCGAUGACCUGAGGGAGAUCUGCAACCAGGUCAUUGACCUCUGCCUCUAUAAGGGUAGUUUGGACAACAUGAGCAUCAUCAUCGUGACCUUCCCUGGUGCACCCCAGGUGUCACAAGAGGCCCUACAAAAAGAGGCCGAGCUAGAGACAAUCCUCGAGGCCAAAGUGGAAGAGAUUGUCAACUUGCUAAAGUCGCGGGACAAGGAACCGGACCUGCUGUACGUGAUGAAGUUUCUGGUCUCUGAGGACAUACCUGGCCUGCCACCAGGGGGAGGAGUCACCAGCAAAAGAGACUGUGUCAUCUCUGCAUAUCAGAAGUUUGUAACGCCCUUCAGAUCUCUGGAACCAAUGGUAGGAGAUGACCAAACAUAGUGCAAGAGUGUGCCCUCUGUCUCACUAAACACAUAAGUGCAAACUGGACUACAAAGUAACUAAGUUAUUUUUUCCCCCUGACACGUAAUUGACCUGUCGCAUUCCAGGACAUCGGAGGAUCUGAAGAGUCCAACUAGUCGUAUCCAUGGAAAUGUAUUCUUCAGCCUCGCGUAUCCAUGGCGACCAUUUAGAAUUGGGGCCUCCGCUUUCCAGCUGAGGAAUCAGCCAAUAGCUAAAUAAAGAACUAUGGUGGGAGGGGGUGUGACCUGGGCCUGCCCUUAGCCAAUCAUCUCUUCUCUGUUCCUCAUUUACACUGUCUAUCAACAAGUCUACUGUACCAUUAGAAAAUAUCAAAUAAUUACCAUUACUCCAGUAAGGGAAGAAUUACAUAUUCCCAAACUAUUGUUUAAAAUACAUGAUAAUUAGAUAUAAUAUUUAUUAACUUUCUUACUUUACACUUUAAGGUGCCUGGGUAGUUCCUUUCCUUCAAGACUUGAAGCUUACGAAUAAGGCUGAUCAUGUUAUUUCAUUUAAAAUCCAACUGAUAUGUUUAAGCAGUGUGCAACUCCAUCCUGCCGCAUCAAAUUAAAUUGAAAAAACACCCAUUCAACCAUUGCAGACCAGUGAAGGCACCGAUAUGCAUGUGUCCUGUGAUGUCAUGGCCUACACUAGAUAAUCUGCAUAAUCCUGUGAGGGAGCAUAGGUGACGUGAAUAGAUGGGUGUCAUGACGAUGAUGGACACAACAUCAUAUGACCAAGUGUGUGUGAAUGUGUGUACGAGUGAGUGAGUGAGUGAGUUAGUGAGUGGAUAAUAUGGGCUGUGGGAUUAUUAGCACACACACUGUAACCUUUUUCAGUUUAGAGCACAGAUGCUCACAGUUAGACACGAUUUAGACCCGUGUGACAGGUAGAGUAGUGUAGCUACAGGUAAAUUGUUCUGCUGUUUUUGAAAAUAAGUGGUUCUGCUGUUAGCAUGUCUUCUUUUCAAUACAUGUCAUUGCGCUGCCUUACAAAGCUCUCUGUUGCUGUACGGUUACUUUAUUCCUCCUUCGGAUCAUACCAAACGGAUGAACGUGGCAGCUGUAUUCCAUGACAGAGGUCAGAGGUCAAAACGAGCUAGACUCGAGGUCAAACACUGCUGCAGCAUGUCUGUUUGAAUUCUAUGAAAUCAGGAGGAAGUGGGAUCCGAGAGGAUACGGCAGCGCAACAGAUUACCGUGAGAACCUUCACAAAUGUCAGUGAUUUGAUGACUGU